GGCAGCCUCCUCCUCAGUUAUCAGUCCCAUCCUGUCACCGGUCUCCACCCAUACUCAAGAGCAGCGUGCCGGCUGUCAACAAACCACAAGAGGAAAUUGAGGCCAGACCGGACAUGGAAACGGAUAAGAAACUUGACAAGUUGGAGAGCUUCUUGGGACGUCUGAAUAGCAAAGUGGCCGGACUGCAGGAAACCACCAUCACAGUCACAGAGAUGGCAGUGAAGGAAGUGAUGAAGCUGGAUGACGAGAUCUUCUCCAAGUUCUACAGACGCGUCGCCGAACUCCCACGCAUGCCCACCAGGAUCGAGAUCAGUGAGGACUUUGACGCCAUCUUUGGCUCUCAGGGUCCAAAGUUGACGUUCGGCCAUGGUGCAAACCUCAUGCUGAUUAAAGAAAACUUCAGCAGCGUGAGUCUGCGCAGCGUCAACAUCUCCGAGCAGAUGUCCAACAACAGCGCCGUGCCGUACAAGAACCUCAUGCUGAUGCAGCUCAAAGGUCGUCGUCACAUUCAGACCAGAUUAGUGGAGCCCAGAGCCUCAUCGCUGAACAGCGGCGACUGCUUCCUGUUGGUCACUCCAGAUCACUGCUUCGUCUGGAUCGGAGAGUUCUCAAACGUUAUCGAGAAGUCGAAGGCGAAAGAUAUGGCCACCUUCAUCCAGACGAAGAAGGACAUGGGCUGCAGGGCGGUCCAGGUGCUGACCAUCGAGGAAGCAGCCAACCCUCAGGUUGCAGAGGCCCAGCAGUUCUGGACCGUCCUCGGAGGACAGACCGCCUACCAACCGGCCGGUCCACCAGAGGAAGAUGAGCAGUUUGAGAAUGCCAUUGUAGAAACAAACUGCAUCUUCAGACUGCUGGACGACAAGCUGGUUCCUGAUGAUGAAGAGUGGGGGAAGGUCCCUCGCAGCUCUCUGCUGGCCGCCAAGGAGGUGUUGGUGUUUGACUUCGGCAGUGAGGUGUACGUGUGGCACGGUAAAGAGGUGACUCUGGCUCAGAGGAAGGUCGCCUUCCAGCUCGCCAAACACCUCUGGAACGGGACGUUUGACUACACCUGCUGUGACGUCAACCCGCUGGACCCCGGGGGCUGCAACACACUCAUACCCAGGAAGGGCCAGGGCCGUCCUGAUUGGGCGGUAUUCGGCAGGCUGACAGAGCACAACGAGACCAUCUUGUUCAAGGAGAAGUUUAUGGACUGGACUGAAGCAAAGUCGCCGACACCAAAGGAAGGAGGCGGAGAGAUCGUACCUGAGCAGAAGGAGGCCCAGGGGCGAGAGUGCCGGCCUUACGACGCCACCCUGAUGCUCCCCGUCCUCGAGACGUCCAUCUCCACCAUCGUAGACGGGACGAAUGUGGGACGCGGCCACGGCCCGGUGGAGACGGAGGACCACAUGAGGAUUCAGGAGAUCACCACGGCCUCGGUGGACGUCUGGCACAUCCUGGAGUUCGACUACAGCCGCCUGCCACGCCAGAGCAUCGGCCAGUUCCACGAGGGAGACGCCUACGUGGUGAAGUGGAAGUACAUGGUCAACACCUCGGGUUAG